GAGUGUGAGCAAUGAAGAAAGAUAAAAGGAGCCCUUUCGUCCAUGUUUUCGAAAUAUUUCUCACCAUCAUCUCAAUCAGUCUUCUCUGCACAUCGUCUUCGUUUCAAAAUCCAUAACAAACUUCCAACUAUCAUCCAGUCGAAAACUCACCCGCCCUCACUACUUCGAUAACUCAUCGACAAGGAGAAGUUGCAUUUGAUCAUCUACAACUCUUUGUCUUUCUAGUUUUCAGUUCCUGGUAUCUGAAAACCCUUUCAUCAGCACUCACACCUGACAACUACCUAUACCCACCUUAACCUCAACAUGUUGUCUAUUGCAGUCCAACCUCCCGCGAGAGUUCGUCCAGGUUCGAUCUUGUACCCUCCUCUGAUUGUUCAACUCAGUAGUGAGCACGAUCUUUAUGAACAUCUUGCGGGUUACUGGACUUGUGUUUCACUCAUCCAUUACGCCACUGGCCAAGUGAUAUAUGAACAAAUGGACGGGAAAGCUGCAGACUCUGCGCAUCCUAUUGCUCAAACCAGAUCUAGAGGUGUGCGCGAUCAAGCGUACUUCUUCUUCCCAGAUCUUGCAAUUCACGCUCCCGGUCGCUAUCGCCUGAGAAUCAGUUUAAUGAGAAUGGACUAUUCUCCCGAGUCUGGCCCAGAUGGUGCAGUCGUUUGCGAUGAACAAGUCGACACACGCUCGAUUACUGUGGAAGAGUCCGGACCAAACUAUUCUCGACCGAAUUCUCAAGAACGUGCUUUCAUUCGAAUGCUACGAGAUGACGGUCAAGAUGUUCCAACUCCAGCUCAUUGAGCGAGGUUGGCAGAGACGAAAAUGCUGAAGUCUCACAACAUAAGGUGGUAUAGAAGUGCGGGGUAAUGGUGGGAUUUUCAAUAUUCAUACUUGAUGGCUUUGGGAUCUGGGGUUUGGAAUUUAAGUUCUGGUUUUGGUUGGUAUAGCUUUUGAAUUUCCUACUUGGUGUUAUUAUUCUCGAUCCUUUUCAAAGGAGUAUAUACCAUACUUAUCUCUUGGCCUUUUGUUUGGAAAUGGGCAUGAUUUGCUAUGGUGUAAUGAGAGAGGGGAGGUUAUUUGCCUUCUGGAUCAGAUAUGAUUAAAUGCUCGAAUAUGGAUGGCGUUGAAAAAGGAAGGGUUUUGUUAUUAUUAUUAUGACUUCAUCAAUCGUUCUUAGAAAAGAAUAGGAAUGAACUAUCAUCCCUUUGAAACGAAACCUUGACGUGACUUUCUGUGUUUGAUCUUGUGAAAUGGUGCAUUUCUCA